AUGUGCGAGACGGACAACCUUUUGGACAUCUUUGGUCCUGACGCUCUUCGAAGCCCUGAUCGACAGACCAUCCACCUUGUCAUAAGAGAUCCCACUGAAGGCCAUGCCUCCUCCAGCCCUGCGCCCAACUCGGGCAGAGGAUCAAGUCCUGCAGUAGUUGCCAGUCACGCUCCUACUCCAGUGGUGGUACAACAAGCUGUCCAGAUGUCUUUUGGUCCGCAGCCCACAUCUGGUCCCAAUGGACGGACGCAAUCUCAACCCGCGAUCGCCGCCGGCUCCGGUAGUCGCCUGCCCUCUCCUGCCCCAAACCCGGCGGCUGCCCAGCCAGACGCCACCAUGUCCUUCCACCAACAGCAUCAGAACAUGGCGAACUGGAUCAGCCAGAUUCAGCGGGAAGCAAUGACUCGGGCUAUCGUGCACCAGAAUCAGCGCGGACGGGCCCAGAUGGGCAUGCGAGGUAUCGGCGAUCCGACGGGCGGCCAUCACCACCCCGGAGGAAACCCUGCCGAUUCCAGCGGUGGCCGAUCGAGUCCUGCACCGACCCAUACCAUUUAUCGUGAGGCUUUCGGUCCCAACGGACAUAGCUUUCACGUGGAAACCGUCAUCAGACCCUCGGCUCCAGGUCAGCAGAAUGGACUUUCCCCCAUCGACGUCCAGAACAUACUUCGGAGUGCAGACGUCAACCAAGCUGCAGCAGCCGCAAUGGCAAGUGCAACUGCAGCGCAGAGGAGCGCCCCUGGUCCGCCGCCAGUACAUGGUCGACCUCUGAACCAGCCUGGCGUUACCACGCCAGUUUUCGGUUCCGGUGGUGUACCGACGGCCGGUAGUGGACGCGCCACUCCAGAUGUCGGUGCCAGAACUGCACACGCAGCCAGCAGCCUGCCUUUGCCUCUGUCCAACUUUGCGAAUUCUCCCAGGCAAGGCCUAGAAGUCUACAUCCUGUCUUCUCCCGAGGGGCCUCGGGCCUUGUUGUUGAACAAUGCGACUUCCGAGGCCUUUUACACACCUAGAUUACGGCCUCAGAGCAGCAUGCCACAUCUGAGGACGGUGCCCAGCUUUCCGAAUCUGUCUUUUGCUGCUGCCACUUCGCCUCACGCCCCACCCAACAUCGGCCAUCAACCUCCACGGUUUGAUGGCCAUGAACAACAACAGCAGCCACGUCAACAAUACCAACCGGCGCAGGCCAAUCACGGAGGAGUAGCCAAUGGCCAAACUCCCAUAGAUGCCCCCAUUCAGCAGCAGCAGCAGCCGCAGCCGCAGCCGCAGCCGCAGCCGCAGCAGCGACAGCGACAGCGACAGCCUCGCUUGCAUCCAGCCAAUCCUCCUGCUGCAGGCAUUCCACCCUUGCUAUUACGAGCAUGGCCUCACAUGUGGUUAGUCAUUCGCUUGGCUGUGUUUGUCUGGCUCUUCACCUCUCCGAAUUCAAGCUGGUCGAGAUGGUUUACCGUCAUUUGCCUGGCUGGGCUUGUGUUUCUACUCAGCACCGGCAUUUUGAACGGUAGCAACACGCUCAAAGACAACGACGCGUCGCAGCUGGUCGUGGUGCUCCAGAACAAGAGCAGCCACUUAUCCAAGCGGGAGACGCGGACCCGGCCCAAAUGGCCGCAAGGCUGGUCGCUGACCGCCAAGGGCGACAGCAGACCUGGCUUGGUGCUCAAGUACGGCGAUUAG